AUGCAUUACUCAACCAUCGCACUCACUCUUCUCGCCUCCACCGGUGUCCUGGCAGCCCCAUUGGCCAGUGUCGCCGAUACUUCGGUCAAAGUUCUUCUUUCCAGCAGCACGGAUGACUCCACCAGCACUUCAGUGGAGUUCUCCUCAGUCACAUCUGCCAAAACGGCGAGUCUUGCCGACCUUUACUCCAAUUUCGCAUUCGACACCGUUGCCCUAACAGUCGGCAAGGACGCCGCGAAACAAGAUCUUCGCUGCAAGGUCGUCGACUUCGCCGGCAACGACAUCCCCAUCUCCCGUGGCACCAACAUAGACGUAGCCUUCAGCGACGCUGGCAAAGGUGCCUGGACAUUCCUGACACCAUCCGAAGUUGGCGCUAUCGUUUGCGACCCAACAUUCGAGAAGAUCACCCCGGAGGCUCUCGCUGAUGGCUCUUCUCUCCGUGUCGUUCUCUCCAAUCAACAAACCGAGACCGGAUCCCAAACCGCUCUCUCUUCAGGUAUGAGGGAAGAGGCAGCCCCCAUUGGCUCCAGCGGUCCCUUCGAGACCGUUGAGCUCCGCGUCGGCAAGUUCGUCCAGAAGAAAGACUACCGCUGCCAAAUCCUCGACAUGACUGGCUUCCCCAUCGACCUUACCCGUGGCACUUCCGGAUCAAACACCUUUUCAGAUGCUGGCAAGGGAGAAUGGACCUUGAAUACCGUCGCCGAGGUCAGCACCAUCAUCUGCGAUCCUACCUUUGCCAAGUAA